GUUUGACAUGUAUGGGUGCACGCAGGGAGCAGGAGUAUUGCCAUCAGCAGGCUGCACGGUGCACAGACACAAUGAGAGAAGGUGCAUCCGCAGGGCCGAACCGCGAGCAGGAAACCAGUUUGAUUGACACCUCGUGGCAGCAGGAUAUUGGCCUGGGCGUCGAGUGGGAGGAGCCUCGUGUCCCCUUUUGUGAGUGGGCUGGGGAGAUGCAGAGAGCGAGGAAGCAGGAACAAGGCAGGAUUAGAAGAGAGGGGGAGGGGCAAGGAGUCCUGCUAACGUUCGGAAAUCUGGACCAGGAAACCGGGGAGAUCUUGCCUGACUGUCUGUUGCAAACUUCUCAGACACCCUCCCCUACUCUGGUUUCUCCAGAGCAUUCUCCUUCCACACCUUGUUCACAGGGAUCUCCCCUUACCCAGAACCCUCUGUUGGCUGCUCUGCUUUUCACAAACAAGCCAACAACUCUGAAAGUGAAGUCGUCUACUCAGCCCUUGCCUGAUUUACAGUAUUAUCUGGAUCUCCUGGAGGUUCAUGUUCCUGAAAGACCAUGUGCUCCCCUAGUGGACACUAGAGAGAAUAACAACUACCUGCUGCCUGAGCCCCUGGGGGAGAGCUCCGAAACUGGUCUUGUUUCCGGCACUGAGCCACUCACGCCCCCUCACUCUGACUCCACUGAGAUCACGCAGGUGCACAGAGACACGCUGGCCGACCUUAUUGAGCUAGCGCGACCAUUAACACAGUCACUUCCUGACACUGCUAAAUUCAAACAAACAUUUUGUGGUUCAGAGGAACUCUCACAUUCAUUUCUAGACGCAAAUAUACACUCCAGUCCACUGGAUAACCCAAACCAGAUGAAUUCAACAGCUUGUGAAGAGACCUUAAGCACACAUACACAAAGAGACGUUUGUCAAGAUCAUACAAGUACAGUAACACUUGCACACACACUCUAUCAAGAUGAAUUUACCCAAAAAGACUCCUCACACACCUUUUCAUCUCUUGCCGAUAGCACAACCUUGUUCCAUAUUGAAAGCGCUAUAGAACCUGUAGCUCUAGACAUGUCCCUAUAUGGAGUUGACCCACCAGCCAGCCAAUCAGAGGCCGAGGAGGCAGGCCACAUUCACUCAGAUCACACAGAGCUGUUUGAUUUGUGCCUCCUCUCAGAUUCAGAGGAAGUGGAGUCCUCACCUUUUCAGUCCUGGAGAACAGAGGCUGUCCCGACGCAACUAACGCAAAACACCUUGCACGAGGAAGCGUUCCACCUGUCGUCCAGAGCACAAACGGCCUCCCCGCCGACACGAGGGGCUCGCCGUAACCGAAGCACCUGUCACGAUGAGCAGCAUGCUAGGGCCCUGUGCCUCCCGCUUAGCGUGGACGACAUCGUCGGCCUGUCGGCGGACGCCUUUAACGAGGCCGUUGGCGAUAACGAGCUCAGCCAGGCUCAGCUCGUCCUCCUCAGGGACAUCCGCAGGCGGGGCAAGAACAAGAUGGCUGCCCAGAGCUGCCGAAAGAGGAAGCUAGACAAGAUGGUGGACUUGGAGGCCGAGGUGGAGGCCCUCAGAGAGAAGAGCGAACGGGGGAUGAGGGAAAGAGAGAGCAACGUCAGAGCUCUGCGUGAGACCAAGCAGAAGCUCAGGAAGCUGUACUACAAGGUGUUCUCCCAGCUGAGAGACAAGACUGGGAAGCUUUACAGCCCCAGGGAAUACACGCUACAGCACAGCAGCAAUGGGCAUGUCUACCUGCUGCCACGCACUGCGCACAUGACCCGGCAGGCUGCCACACGUCCUUAACAGUGCUUCAACUCCACGUGCCCAGCAUACGAACAAAUGUAUGUGAACCCCCUCCAUAGCGCUACACUGAGCACAAACAUGCACACAACAGAGCGACAGUAACAGAGGAACCUGCAACCGAUCGGAUAUGAAUAUGAAUAGCAGCGUGACAGCAACAGGACCACCUAUUGGCACUUAUCUUACACUUAGGCAAAGAAGCAUAAACACACCCUAUGUAAUUAUUCAAGAUAAUAUCCAAACUUAUAGCCCGCAAUACAACAGAGGUAGAGUACGUUUGCUACUAUAGUCGCCAUACUUGCGCACCGAACCUCACCACAGGCAUGAUCGCCUGUGCCACACCGAGCACAUCCACUACCAGCUCAAACGAUUUGUCAACUUAGUUUUGUUUUGGGUUUUUUUACACACAGUUACACAACGUGUUUGAUCUACCUUCCCACUCUGUGUGUGCAUGGGUGAAAACCAUAAUAACACUCACACGCCCAGUUAAAUACACACGGAAAGAAUGUGUAUUACAUCAGCUCAUGCCACCCCAAAGCACUUAUGACUGUGGUGCAACGAAGAAAGAAGCAAAGGUGAUUGAUAUGUAAUACAGGAACGAUUACAUAUGGUGGUAGGAUUCAUUAUGCAACUUAGAACCUUUUAACUUUUCUGAGCUUGCUUUUAUAAAAGGAUUUUGAGCCAUGUUUUCAGG